UAUAGGCGCUCGCUCGUCAGUUGGGUUUUGUGUGUUUAUAGUGUUCGGUUGUCCUUAAUUGGCGCUCCAGCCGUGGAAACAUGUUCUGAACUGUUAGACAGAAGUAUCUUUUGGUAUGUUUCAGAUAACAUUAACGUAACAUCAGAGGCAAAAAAACUAAUAAAACAAAACAACAACAAAAAAACACCCACUUUCCAGAUUGUAAAAACUGUUUCAGUUUAAAGAAAGCAUACCGUGUGCAUGCAACUGCAAUGGCUGAAGGAGAACCAUCGCGUACCGAGGCGGGCACCGAAUUUUCAGAGGUCCAGUGUCCGGGUUGGAGCGAGUCUCAGCUCCGCAAGUACCCUUUCCAGACCCGGCCAAUACCCAGGCUCUCCCAUACCGACCCUUGGGCUGAGAGGCUUAUAGACAAUGAGGAACCGGUUGUGUUAACAGACACCAACCUUGUCUAUCCAGCACUCAAAUGGGACACAGACUUCUUGCAAGAAAGCAUAGGAGAUGGAGACUUUUCAGUGUACAUUGCCCAAACACACAAGUUCUUGUACUACGAUGAAAAAAAAAUACCAAACGUUGAAAACUUUAUGCCAAAGUCAAGGCGAGUGGAAAUGAAGUUCAAAGAAUUUGUGGACAAGAUGCACAAGGCAGAAGAAACGGGUGGAGAAGAAAGGUUAUAUUUGCAGCAAACACUGAAUGACACAGUAGGCCGGAAAAUUGUGGUGGAUUUUCUGGGUUUUAACUGGAACUGGAUUAACAAACAGCAAGCCAAACGGAACUGGGGACAGCUGACAUCCAACCUGCUUCUCAUAGGCAUGGAAGGGAAUGUGACCCCGGCACACUAUGAUGAACAACAGAACUUUUUUGCUCAAAUAAAAGGUUACAAACGAUGUAUACUCUUUCCACCAGAUCAGUUUGAAUGUCUAUAUCCAUUCCCAGUGCAUCAUCCAUGUGAUCGACAAAGUCAGGUUGAUUUUGAAAAUCCCGACUACGAAAAGUUUCCUAAUUUCAAACGUGUCGUGGGUUAUGAAACAGUGGUGGGUCCAGGAGAUGUGCUUUACAUCCCGAUGUACUGGUGGCAUCACAUUGAAUCCUUACUCAAUGGAGGAAUUACUAUCACGGUUAACUUUUGGUAUAAGGGAACACCCACCCCAAAGAGGAUAGAGUACCCUCUGAAAGCUCAUCAAAAGGUGGCUAUCAUGAGGAAUAUAGAGAAGAUGCUGGGAGAAGCACUUGGGCAACCACAAGAGGUGGGUCCUUUACUAAACAUGAUGGUCAAAGGGCGGUACGACCAGGCCUUCAGUUAAUGCUUACCUGAGUACACUUUGACAAUGUGUAGCUGCUGGAGGGAAAGCAGCCAGCAGCACACGUGUGCGCAAACUGUAAGCUAGUUCUGCAUGGCAGCACUCAAACACUUACUGUAGGAAAGCAUCUUCCACUUUGCUUUGUCCGUCUGCCAGUGAUGUUGCUGUGGAUCCAACCCGUAUCUAUAUCUACACAAAAACAAAAUAGCUGUCAUCGAGGAGAUUUCAUAAAUGAACAUUGAUAUACUCCAGUGUUGAAACUUAUAGUUGUCUGGUAACCAGUGUUGCUGAACUUGGAAUUGGACUAUUCGUCUAUGGGAUUGACUUAAAACAGUUGGUUUUUGCAGAAGCUCAGCUUGUUGUUGGGAAAUUAAUAUGUAAAGUAAUAUGUUUGUUUUUGAUGACUCAUACAUUUUGACAUAGGUAACCUGAUUUUGCAGGGUUUUCCAUUUGCAUAAUUAGCCAUACAACAUAGACCUAAGGAAAGAAAGGCUGUUUCUACCCUUGGUUAUUGGAGCUGCAGUGACGGAAACCUAUUUUCAGGCUGGGUUUUAUUCAUUAGCUAGGUAUACAAGCACUUCAGCCAAGUUAAACGCUUGGCAGAUGUUGCACCAAUUGCCUCAAAGACCAAAAAUAAAUCCAGGGUCAUGUCUUAGGGAAGAGAGCUGUGGUGAGUAGGUUAAUGUGAUUUAGAUACCAUACCAAAUCCUGUUUAGUUUUUUAUCAGUUUUUCAGACAACAUGCUGAAAGUAAAUUCUUAAGGAGAUUUUUUAAUCUGUGUUUGAAUCUGGUUGAAUUAUUUAGACAAUUUAAAAAUCUGCUAUGUAUUUUUGAGCCCACUAAAAUCCUUGUGUAUAUAUUUGCUGAGACAGCUUCAUUUUGUAUUGCAACUUUGUGUAUCAUCUAGACUUUCAUUGCUUAGCGUUAAAUCACCCUCUCCUACCUGUUCUCAACCCCCCUACUAGCACCAAAGCUUAAAUAAGCACUUAAUUAAUCACUUGUGUACAUGAGAAUGUCCUGCUCAACAUUUAAAAAAUGAAAACACUGUAGUUUUGACAACAUAGACCACUUUUAUUAAAGUGGACCUCUAUGGGGGUAUCAAACGUACCAAGGUUAGAACUUCGAGACAGUACCCUCUUCUCAUGAGAAAAAAAGUUUCCAAACCAAAUAAAGGAUAAAUCUGGUUUCAUAAAUGUUGUUAGAUACCAUCAGUUAAAGUAUUUCCAGUUGAACAGCUGUCGGUUCCAUUCUUCUCUACAGCAUGAUCUCUAUGGGAAGUUUUCCAGUCAACCACUAUGUACUGGGAUGAUCGUAGAUUUAGAAGGGGUGAACACACCAGCCAUAACUCAAACCCACAUUUUAAGCACUUGCCAGUUGGAUUGGUAUAUAACACUGGUCAUGAGAGUAGUGUCUGUUCUGUUAACUUCUUGACCCCUCUCUCCUCUGUAUGACUGAUUAGAUUGAUGGCCCUACAUCUUGGAAGCUUCCAUAAAGAAAGGAUUGCAAGAUAAUAACACUGUGAGCUUCCCAGGCUUCUGUGGUUGUUAAGUUCCAAUUAGGAAUGACUUGACUGCCUAUUAAAUGCAAGGGAAUAUUAAGGAUGCCCAUACAUACAAAGUCACAAUUGAUAUAAGCUCAUUCGUAUUGAAUUGAGCCUGUUUGAUCAAUUUCAUAUACAAUAAUGAUCAUCACUAGGCUAUAUGAUUUAUUAUAAAUUCACUAUUUUUAAAUCUAGUGUUAGGUAGACUGCUGGGGCUGGAUAGCAUCCCAAGAUUUAAGGAAGGUUUAAAGAAAUAUUACAAUAUUCAUGUUUGAGUUAAACCAAGAUGUGUAACUGUGACAUACAGUAUUUGAGGAGUUAACAAAACAGCAUUUGCGUGUUUGAAGAUUAAAGGAACGUACUGCUAACUUUUUUAGUUGUUUCUUCAUACUUAAGAUAUAUACAAUUGCUAAUUUAAUAAAUCUUUGAUUUUUUUUUUUUGUUACUUGGUGUUUCUGUAACUGAUACACUGUCACAAUGCAUACUGUUAAUGUAUUGUGUUAUACAUUGGCUCAAUUUUAUACUGUAUAUGCAUAUUAGUCUGCUUCUAUUUGAAUGUUUCCAUAGCUACCAAACUAAAUUGGCCAAUUACAGUCAUUGUAACAUAUUCCCUUUUAAGUGUCUCCAAGCCGAAAGGGAGGUAAUUAAACUUUCAAGCGAGCAAACAGGAUGAUGUAAGGGACGCCUCCAGAUUCAAAUGCAAAGUAAGCGUUGUAUCCAAAAAUUAGUACCACUCCAUUCCUUAAACAACAACUGACAUAUUACCGAUACUGUAUUAAUUGAAAAGCAUGUUAUCAUAGUCUUGCCCAAUGGUCAAGAAAUCCCAUGUACUCACAUGGACAUUGUCAGAAUGUGUCAUCUUAACAAAGCAUUUUAUCCCUGCAUUAUGGUUUAUAUACUGCACACAAUUGAACUGGUUUUGCCAUUUUAAACUUGUGGGAAAAGCAAUGUGGAUUUUAAUCCCCUCCCCCCGUUUGUAUUUAAGUGCCAACAAAUUUGACUGGUUAAAUCUUAACAGAAGUCAUAGCUCACUGUUUCAAUGAUUUUAACAAAACACUGAAUACAUGUUAUUUUUCACCUACAUUUUAUUAAAGUAUUUUUGUUUUCUACUUUUUUUGUAAUAUUGUAAUAUAUUUUUUAUUUUGAAGUGUGCAAAUUAAAGCUAUGUUAUGAACCUCCAAAACAGA